AUGGCGGCGAUGGAGACAGAUUUGUGGAAGGGGCUGUCACACCAAACAGAACCAAAGGAAGAUACGAUCCUAAAAUCUGGUAUUGCACUCUUUAAACCUCAGAGAAUAAAAAACCAGAACAUUGUUCACCGCUUGGAGCGCCGGCGGAUCAGUUCUGGCAAGGCCGGUACCCACUGGCAUCAGGUUCGAGUGUUUUAUCAGAAUGUCUUUCCCAACUUCACAGUUGUCGAUGUAGAUGAGCCCCCAUGUUUCUUGCAUAAAUUCUCACCUGAUGGCCUCUACUUUCUUGCUUUUUCAUCUGACCUGACAUCGCUUCAAAUCUAUAAGUACCGGGGCUGCCAGGCGGCGGGCACCCUGCUGCAAGGAUUUGAGGGGGAGUUCUUGCCCAGAGGCCGCAAGCAGCCAGCACUCAGCAUCCAGCGCUGGUUCUUCGAAUGCUUUUUUGUCUUGCUGCACAUAAAGAAGCUUACAAUCCUAGGUGAACAUCUGGACCUGGACUGUAGCAUCUUCACUAAUGACAGCAAGUACGUCAUCGUGGGCUCCUCUUCCUAUGUCCAGUAUGAACACCAUCGUCCUUUCUGUGAAAUAUUCUGGAACCAUGAGUCACUAGCCUCCCAUCCGCUGUUCCCUAUAGAGAACUAUUCGCUCUACAUCAUCGACCUCCGCACUGGCCGCUUAUGUGAUAAACGGAUAUUUCUUUGUGAUAAAGUGAUCUUGACAAACAACCAAGGGCUGUACUUGUACAAAAAUACACUAGCCAUCCUGUCACUGCUGCAUCAGAACAUCCAUAUCUUCCAGGUGACUCCUGAUGGCACUUUUAUCGACUUGCGCACCAUUGGCCGCUUCUGCUACGAGGAUGACCUGCUCACAGUGUCAGCUGUUUUUCCUGAGACUCAUCAGUCACGUCAUGCAAACCUGAUCAGUCUUUACAGAGAUACUUUCAUUGAUUGUCUGAAACACAGGAUGCUUGUGUACCUGUGGCGCCAGACAGAACGUUGUGGUAAUUCAAUAGCCAAGCGGAGCUUCUUCCGGUAUUUUGAUCAAAUGUUGAAACUGCACAUGUGUCAACUGCAGCUGCUCGAUGAAAACCAUCUGCUAAUCAAGUACACUGAGAACUUCCUGGAGCUGGAUGUCAUAGAUGCAUCCCAGGCAUCUGUCUUUGUGGUGUACAAUAUGGUGUCAACGGAAGUGAUGGCUGUGUUUGAGAAUUCAUCAGAUGAACUUUUGGAGCUCUUUGGGAACUAUAAUCUCUUCCAAGAUGCUACUCCACACAGUGACAUCCAGUUUCCUUGCUCACCUUCAAGCAACAAUUAUGCAAGACAGAUAAUUCAACAGCAGUUUAAAGACACAAUUAUAAAUGAUAAGUAUGGGGAACAUGGGGAGUCUGGACACUGGCUACUGGAUCACUUCCCUUUCUGUUGCAGUCCCUACCUGGAUAUGACUCUCUUUAGCUAUGAUAGCAACUGUGUGUCAGUCAUGGAGCAGCCCAAGGCUUACGAAGAUCGCCCUAUCAGGUUUUAUGCUCAAGACUCAGGUCUGCUUAAGUUUCAAAUGCAGACAGGCUUAGUUGGCCGCCCCACUAACCGUAAGGUGAAACGCCUUGUUUCCUUCAUUUUUCAUCCAUCUGAGCCUUUUGCUAUCUCUGUGCAGAAGUCUAAUGCAGAGUAUAUUGUUAAUUUCCAUGUGCGACACAACAGCACAUAG